CCGUUCUUUUAUUUUAGUCCGUCGGGAAAUAAUGGUAAGCGAACGGAGCUCCAAGGAGAAGAAGAGAAGCAGAGCUCGGAGCGAAGAUUCUUCAUCUUCCGAUUACGAAGAGAAAGUUAAGAGGCAUCGAGGAACAGAGAAAGAUGAUGAAAGGAGAAGUAGGAGAAGUGAUAAGAAGGAUAAGAAAUCUCACAAGCACCACAAAUCCAGUACAUCAAAGAAGUCCAAGGAUGAUAAGCCGAAAAAGAAACAUACGGAAAGCGACCACAAGCUAAAAGAGGGAAUUCCAGAGCUAUCAAUGGAAGACUACUUCUCGAAAAACAACGAGUUUGCUACAUGGCUGAAAGAAGAAAAACGUACUUACUUUAAUGAUCUCACGACCGAAGCUGCACGAGGACUGUUCUCACGAUUUGUCAAGAGAUGGAACAGAGGAAAACUCGAGUCUCGAUACUACGAGGGAAUCUCCACUGCCCCACGAACAGCUCACGACUGGAUGAUCAAGCGUAGGUGAAAAAAAGCAAAAGCAAUACCUUCCUCUUCUGUGGUUCGCCGGUUACCUCUCUUCUUGCUUCUUGUACACGUGAAGGUUGAUUGCAUCAGAGAUAUAUUUCUAUGUAGUUUCUCUACUUAGAACUUCUUGUUGCUGAACUAGUUAGAUAGAUUGUCGUGGAGAGAUAUGUAGUCGGUUUUCAGAGUAAGACAAACUUUACAUAUCCAAGGUCUUAACCAAAGUUGCCGAAGAACUAUCUGAUGAAUCCUUAUGUAACAUUGAGAAUUUGAUAUCCGGUUAAGGGAGAAAUAGACCGUUUUGAUUGAAAGUUGGUCUUGUACAGUAUGUAAGUUCCUACUGGCAUUUACAACACAGCGUAUAUGUAGCUUUGGCUAAGUAAUUUGUGUGCAUGAAACUUGGUUAU